ACCAUACAACACAUAUCUGCUGGUGCGGGUGCUGUAGUCGAUCGUGCACAGCCCAGCGAUUUACUCCCUUAUCAAACUUAAUAAUUCGUUCAGUUCGGUAAGUCAGUAGUGCUCUGCGGUUCGCAGAUGUAACAUCACCCCGAAGAUUUCGGAGACGUUACCGGAAAGUUAUCGACGAAGUGAAAGAGUGCCGACACAGAAGAGUUGAUCGUUGCGGUUGGCUGCACAUACGACGUUACAGGUGGUGAAACCUUGUCCAUUAAUCCCAGCAAGAUGGGGGCGAUGUUCAGAAGUGAAGAAAUGGCACUAUGCCAGAUGUUCAUCCAACCGGAAGCUGCUUACACGUCCGUUUCCGAGUUGGGCGAAACGGGAGCUGUCCAAUUCCGUGAUCUGAACUCUGAGGUAAACGCUUUUCAGCGCAAGUUCGUCAGUGAAGUUCGACGAUGUGACGAAAUGGAACGCAAGCUUCGCUACGUUGAGGCAGAGGUGAAAAAGGAUAACGUGAAAAUUCCGGACAUUCGAGAUGAGUUGCCACGUGCUCCAAAUCCUCGCGAGAUAAUCGAUCUGGAAGCACAUCUGGAGAAAACGGAAAGCGAAAUCCUGGAGUUAUCGCAGAAUGCGGUCAACUUGAAGUCUAACUAUCUUGAAUUGACGGAACUGAAGCACGUCCUGGAACGCACCCAGGGUUUUUUCUUUGAACAAGAAGGUGCCGUUAAUCUGGAUGCCACGAGAAACAAUCUGAUCAUUGAUGAUCACACCAACGUUCAAGCCAGAGGUCGCCUGGGAUUUGUUGCCGGAGUUAUCCAGCGUGAGAAAGUCCCUGGAUUUGAGCGCAUGUUGUGGAGAAUCUCGCGUGGCAAUGUGUUUCUACGUCAGGUUGAGUUGGAAAAACCGCUGGAGGAUCCUGCUACUGGCAAUGAAAUUUACAAAACGGUAUUUGCCGCAUUUUUCCAAGGUGAGCAACUGAAGACGAGAAUCAAGAAGGUGUGCACUGGUUACCAUGCGUCCCUGUAUCCCUGCCCGAGCGCUGCGGAUGAACGCGAAGAAAUGGUGAAAGGAGUUCGCACACGUUUGGAAGAUCUGAAUAUGGUACUAAACCAAACGCAAGACCAUCGAUCGCGGGUAUUAUCCACCGUGGCCAAAGAGCUGCCACGUUGGAGGAUCAUGGUCAAGAAGAUGAAAGCCAUCUAUCAUACGCUGAAUCUGUUCAACAUGGAUGUGACGAAGAAGUGUUUGAUCGGAGAAUGCUGGGUUCCGGUUCUGGAUCUCCCGAUUGUCCAGAAGGCAUUGUCCGAUGGAUCCGCCGCAGUUGGCAGCACAAUUCCAUCAUUCUUGAAUGUGAUUGAAACAAGCGAACAGCCGCCCACUUUCAACAGAACCAACAAAUUUACGCGUGGCUUUCAGAAUUUGAUUGACUCCUACGGUAUUGCAUCGUACCGUGAAGCAAAUCCGGCGUUGUACACGAUUAUUACUUUCCCAUUCUUGUUCGGUAUCAUGUUUGGCGAUCUGGGUCACGGAUUGAUAAUGGCUUUGUUUGGAUUCUGGAUGGUUAGCGGCGAAAAAAAAUUGGGCGCUAAGAGAUCCAGCAACGAAAUUUGGAACAUUUUCUUUGGAGGGCGUUAUAUAAUCUUCUUGAUGGGAUUGUUUUCAAUGUAUACGGGAUUUGUGUAUAACGACGUCUUCUCAAAAUCUAUGAAUAUAUUUGGAAGUUCCUGGUCUAUCGGCUACAACACCACAACUAUAAUGUCCAACAAGGAUCUUACUUUGAAUCCAGGUUCGUCAGAUCUCGACGAUAACGUUUAUCCAAUUGGGCUGGAUCCAGUAUGGCAACUUGCCAGCAAUAAGAUCAUUUUCCUGAAUUCCUACAAAAUGAAACUGUCCAUCAUUUUCGGUGUUGUCCAUAUGAUAUUUGGUGUUUGUAUGAGUGUUGUUAACCACAACUUCUUUAAGAAACGCAUCAGCAUUGUGUUGGAGUUUUUGCCUCAAAUCAUUUUCUUAGUUCUGUUGUUUGCGUACAUGGUUUUCAUGAUGUUCAUGAAAUGGAUUCAGUACACGGCCAAGACCGAUUACCAACCGAAUACACCCGGUUGUGCUCCCUCCGUACUUAUUAUGUUCAUCAACAUGAUGCUGUUCAAACGAACUCCUCCUCUGCAUGGCUGCGAUGAGUACAUGUAUUCAUUCCAAGGAUCUUUGCAACGCACCUUCGUCUUCAUCGCUCUAAUAUGCGUCCCUUGGAUGCUUCUCGGCAAGCCACUGUACAUCAUGUUCAACAAGAAGAAAAUGGCUGCAGCUCACCAUAACGGUGACAUCAAUCAACAGACCGAAACAGCUUUGGAAACUGCGGAAAGCGCAAAAUCUUCCGGACAUGGAGGCCACGAGGACGAGCCGAUCAGCGAAGUUUUCAUUCAUCAAGCAAUUCACACUAUUGAGUAUGUUCUCAGCACGGUAUCACAUACCGCAUCGUAUCUCCGACUGUGGGCUCUAUCGCUUGCCCAUGCUCAACUCUCGGAAGUGCUGUGGAACAUGGUGCUGUCUAUGGGUUUACGCCAAUCUUCCUACAAAGGUGCAAUCAUGCUGUAUUUCGUGUUUGGAGCGUGGGCCUUAUUCACUCUUGCCAUCUUGGUCAUGAUGGAAGGUUUGUCUGCGUUCCUGCAUACGCUUCGUCUCCAUUGGGUCGAAUUCAUGAGCAAGUUCUACGAAGGCCUCGGAUAUGUCUUCCAACCGUUCUCCUUCCAGCAGAUCCUCGAUGCGGAUGAAGAUGUGGAAUAAAUUUCUUUAUCCUUUUGCAAUCCCAUUUUUAUAAUAGCUAUACACCGUGAUCGAUCAGUAUUUUAUCGCGACUUUUAAAUUGUAGUGUGCAUGUCUUUGGUAUUCUUCUGAGUUGGUAAAAAGUUUUAUUUCGAAUCCAGAAUCUCCACUUUGAAUAAAUAUUUUCCAGUAUUAUCUAGAUUUUUUCCGAAUCACGGUAGUUUCAUUGUACAUAGGCAUCAGUUGAAUAAAGAAAGUACUGCACGAUA